UAUCACAAAAAGGAAACUUAUUUGCAUUACACAAUUCCAGAAGAAUGUAUAUAACAACACACAUGCUUUCUCUAUAUAUGUGAGUUCUGCAUUGUUUCUCGUAAUACCAAACUAACAGCUAGCUAGCAAGCAGGAAUUAGUAGAAGAAGGAGAAGAAGGAAAGAGUUUGUUAAAACUAUAACAGCUAUGAAUGCGAACGAAACAGAAGCAUUACUAUGCACUGGAGGCUGUGGACUCUAUGGCACCCGAAAGAACAACAACCUAUGCUCUCUCUUCUACAAAAAGAGUGUUCUUCAACACUCUCCCGCUUUCAGACUCGAACCCGAGACCGAGCGAUCACAGUUUUGUUCUCCCACUAGUAGUCCAGUCCCUGUAAAAGAAGAACCGGUCGGAAAACGAAGGUGUGAUGUAUGUAAGAGGAAGGUAGGAGUGUUGGGAUUCAAGUGCAGAUGCGGACACAUGUUUUGCGGAUCACAUCGGUAUCCGGAGGAACAUUCUUGUCCCUUCGAUUACAAACAAUCUGGACGGCUCGCCUUGGCCACACAGUUGCCUUUGAACAGAGCUGACAAGCUGCAGAGGUUUUAGUGUUAUUUUAGACUUUUUAAAAAGUCUUGCAUCUUUGAUUCCUUGUCUAAAGAUGAU